UUCCACCAGAGCGCGUCUAACACAAGUGCAUCAGCACCCUGGUUACGUCUCGCCGUUUAACCACUUGCUGACUAGCUCCUGCCUGUCACUGUCCGUCCGGCCGGCCGCGGAGCACAGGGGGUCCCGCUCCUUAACACGGAGCCGUCGCACACGCAGCCCGGCUGCAGCAUGACGCCCGGCUCCCCCGCACCGGAGCGGCGCGCACAAACGGCCAGCAUUCAUCUGCUGACCCUGCCUGCUUUCUCAACUCCUUGAUCGCUCAGCUUGCUCAUCUUUAUGCAUACGGAUCGUUUAAAUCAGUAGCGACUCCGGAUUCCUUCCCACACCGAAGCGCUCCGAGAUUUACCUGGCAAGCUGUGCAUUUUCUUACGGCAGUUUUAAGAGGCACGGAUGGGAGAAGCCUGAGCCCCGCUUGCGCGGGAGCGCCUCGCAGCCUCCGUGUCCCCCUGGACACCGGCAAGGACAGGUGGCUCCGUCCACGCUUCUCACCAAGCCGCGCACUUUGGGAGACCGCAACCGCAAGGCGACCGCAAAGCACACGGACCUAGGAGGCGGACAUGGGGUCCUUGCCUGGGGGCUGGAGCCUCCUGUACUUCCUUCUCCAAACCACCACACUUGUUCUCCUGGGCCAGGGAGAGAAGGCUUGCCCGAUGACCUGCCGCUGUGAGGGGAAGAUUGUCUACUGCGAAUCUGCAGCACUUUUGGACAUGCCAGAGAACAUCUCAGUUGGCUGCCAAGGCCUGUCGCUGCGUUACAACAAAAUGUUAGCCCUCCAACCGUUCCAGUUUUCCCACCUCAAUCAGCUCCUCUGGCUCUACUUGGACCAUAAUGAAAUUGAAAUUGUGGACGGCCGCGCCUUCCAGGGCGUGCGGCGCCUCAAGGAGCUCAUCCUGAGCUCCAACAAGAUUGCACAGCUGCACAACGACACCUUCCAGGCCGUGCCCAACCUGCGCAACCUGGAUCUGUCCUACAACAAGCUGCAGGAGCUGCAGCCAGGCCAGUUCCAGGGGCUACGCAAGUUACAGAUCCUGCACCUGCGCUCCAACAGCCUCACAGGUAUCCCCAUCCGCGCAUUCCUGGAGUGCCGUAGUCUGGAGUUCUUGGACCUGGGCUACAACCGUCUUCGCGUCCUCACACGCACCACCUUCCUGGGGCUCCUCAAGCUGGCCGAGCUGCAUCUGGAACACAACCAAUUUUCCAGGAUCAACUUUUUCCUCUUUCCACGGCUUCUGAACCUGCGGGCACUCUACCUGCAGUGGAACCGCAUUCGAGUUGUUAGUCAAGGCUUACCCUGGACCUGGCACACUCUGCAGAAGCUGGACCUCUCAGGGAAUGAGAUCCAGACUCUGGACCCAGCUGUUUUUCAGUGCCUGCCCAACCUGCAGAUUCUUAAUCUGGAAUCUAACAAGCUCAGCAACGUGUCCCGCGACACCGUGGAUGCCUGGAUCUCCCUGACCGCCAUAAGCCUGGCUGGCAACGUGUGGGACUGUGGUCCUGGCCUUUGCCCCCUAGUGGCCUGGCUGCGGAACUUCAGGGGUACUAAGGACACAACGAUGAUAUGCAGCAGUCCCAAGUUUCUCCAAGGGGAAAAGGUCAUGGAGGCCAUGAGGAACUUCACGGAAUGCGAAGAGGCUCCUACAGAAGAACCGACUUUUCCUUUGCCAACGUACUCACUAGAUGAACUCGAUACAAGUGCCGCACCUCCCCCUCCCAUUGCCUGGGCCCCAUCCCCAUCUCUUAGACCCUGGCUGCUACCCCAUGUCACACUUCCCGGCCCGGUUGAAGGAGGUCCCAGGAAGCCCGCAGCCGCGACGCCAGCAUCCGCAGAUGGCCGCUCCUUCACAGCCAUUCCCCAGUUGGAGCACAUGUCCCUGCACAAGGUGGUAGUGGGCGGUGUGGCCCUCUUCCUAUCCGUGUGCUUCAUCCUGCUAGUCAUCUAUGUGACGUGGAAGCGCUACCCGAGAUCCGCAAGGCAACUGCAGCAGCACCCGCUGGGUCAUAAGCGGCGGAAAAAGGCCCGUGAGCCAGAACAGGACCUCGGCUCCCAGCUCCAGGAAUACUACAUGACCUAUGACCCCUCGCACCCUGAGGCCUUAGAUGUGCUUGUUAACGGGGCCGCGGCCUGUACGUGCACCAUCUCCGGUUCCAGGGAAUGUGAGAAUGAAUACACAUGUCCCAGACCGUUACCGGGGGCUUGGCCAGGUGGAAUGCCAACAAUACACUGAAGACCGCUGGACAGUCAUGUGACUCCUCGCAUGCCUACGACUCCCAGCAUUCUCUGCUCUGGGACAGAACGGGCUCCUUCUUGUAGGAGACAUUCUCCCGUCCGGAUGCUCCAGCCCAAGCCAGGACCUCAUUCGCAGAGGCUCUCUGUUCAUAAAUGGCAAAAUAUUUUAUUUAUAAUGUUUAAACUUCUAUAGAUGUUUUUUUUUU